GGGGCCGGCGACCGCCGCGGCUUCCAAGAUGGCGGCGGAUGCGUGAGCGCGGCGGUCAGUCCGUCGGUGAGGCCGCCGGGGCGCAGGGCCGGGCGGGAGGCGGCCCCGCCGGCCGCCGCCAUGAAAGGCAAGGAGCGCUCCCCCGCCAAAGCCAAGCGGUCGCGGGGCGGAGGGGGCGGCGAGGACUCGGCCUCCUCCUCCUCCUCAGCGCGCGGCGAGCGGAGCAGCAAGAAGCCGAGCGGUUCCGGCGGCGGCGGCGGUUCCAACGGCGGCAAAGCGGCGGCGGCGGCGGCUUCCAACGACAGCAACAGCGGCAGCAGCCGGCGCGGCCCGCACCCGGACAAGGCCGCCCGCGCCGGCAGCCGGGAGUACGAGAGCGGGGCGGCGGCGGCGGCGACGGGCGGCGGGGGCGGGCGGCACAGCUACGGCGGUAAAAGCGCGGAGCCGUCGCGGAGCAGCAGCAGCCGCGGGGGUGAGUCCCGAGCGGCGGUUGCGGCCCAGUCGUCCUCCUCGUCUGAGACGGGCGGCGGCGGGGAGUACAAGACGCUGAAGAUCAGCGAGCUGGGCUCUGCGUUGAGCGACGAGGCGGUGGAGGACGGGCUGUUCCACGAGUUCAAACGUUUCGGCGACGUGAGCGUCAAAAUCAGCCGCCUCCCGCCCGGCACCGGCGCCGCUGAUGAGCGCGUGGCCUUCGUCAACUUCCGCCGGCCCGAGGAUGCCCGCGCCGCCAAGCACGCCCGCGGCCGCCUCGUGCUGUACGACCGCCCGCUGAAAAUCGAGGCUGUCUACGUGGGGAGCGGCGGAGGGAGCAGCCGGAGGCGUAGCAGCCGUUCGCCGGCGCUGCUGGACAAGGAGUCUCCCUAUGGCACGGCUGCCGUGGGGCUGGCGGCGGCGGCGGCGGCUGUACGGCAUCCUGCAGCCGGGGCGACACAGAGGGCUUUGUCCCCCGCUGGCAGCGGUGGGGCGUUGGGUUAUCGGGACUACCGGCUGCAGCAGCUCGCCUUGGGCCGCUUGCCGCCUCCGCCCCCUCUGCCCAGGGAGCUGGAGAGGGAGAGGGACUAUGGGGGCUUUUACGAAGCGCGAGUGCGGCCGGCCUACGGGCUGGAACGGGUGGCCAGCGUGGCGGCGGCUGGGGGAUUCCGUGGAGGUGGAGGGGGUGCUGGAGCUGCCGGCGAGGAGGAGAUCAGCCCUGAGGAUGACCAGAGAGCCAACCGCACGUUGUUCCUGGGCAACCUGGACAUCACCGUGAGCGAGACAGAUUUACGCCGAGCUUUUGACCGUUUUGGGGUCAUUACUGAGGUGGACAUCAAAAGGCCGGGGCGCGGGCAGACCAGCACUUAUGGUUUUCUUAAAUUUGAAAAUCUGGACAUGGCGCACCGGGCCAAGCUGGCCAUGUCAGGAAAGGUGCUCCUGCGUAACCCUAUCAAGAUCGGGUAUGGUAAAGCCACUCCAACUACCAGGCUCUGGGUGGGUGGCCUUGGGCCUUGGGUGCCCCUUGCCGCCCUGGCCAGGGAGUUUGACCGUUUUGGCACCAUUCGUACCAUUGAUUACCGCAAGGGUGAUUCGUGGGCCUACAUCCAGUACGAGAGCCUGGACGCGGCGCAGGCGGCGUGCACCCACAUGCGUGGCUUUCCCUUGGGUGGGCCGGAUCGCCGCCUCCGCGUAGACUUUGCGGAUACCGAGCAUCGGUACCAGCAGCCCUACCUGCAGCCCCUGCCUUUGCCACCUCCUGCUCAUUACGAGCUCGUGGCAGAGGCGGCUGCUUUUGGGGCUCACCGGGGGGCCCCACCCGAUCCGCUGCGGGGGGCCAGGGACAGGACGCCACCGUUACUCUAUAGAGAUCGUGACAGAGACCUUUAUCCCGAGACAGAGUGGGUGCCACCCCCACCCCCUGUACGGGACAGGAGUAACCGAGCAGCUGCCUACGACCCACUGGAAAGCCUAGAACGCCGUCGGGAUGGUUGGUCCUUGGAGCGGGACCGAGGGGAGCGGGAGUUGGGCAGUAGUAGGGAUCAGCCUAGGAAACGGAGGCUGGCCGAGGACGGAGGCCGGCACUUGGACCGCUCUCCGGACAGCGAGCGCUCCUCUUCCUCUCGGAAACGUCACUGCUUGACCACGACCACACCACCAGACCGCAGCCCCGAGCUCGUCGGAGGGAGGGAGCGUUACAGCAGUGACCCGGAGCGCUCAUCGUCCCGCUUGCUCCUCUUGGAGCGGCCCUCUCCCAUCCGGGAGUCGCGGAGGGGCAGCUUGGAGAGGGGUCAGAACGAAAAGCGCGACCGAAAGAAUUCCGCUGAAAGGGAGCGGAAACAUCGCACUUCUGCAGCAGCCACUGCACAGGAGUGCAAAAGCCCGGCCAAAAAGGAUGAACGUGCUGCAGAGGGAGGCGGUGGAGGCUCCCGCCUCAAACCUCCGCCUCAGAAACAGCAGCAGGACGGAGCGUCGCAGGCUGGGGGAGCCCCCAAGCUGUGCUUGGCGUGGCAGGGGAUGCUUCUGCUGAAGAACAGCAAUUUCCCGUCCAAUAUGCAUCUGCUUCAGGGGGACCUCGGAGUUGCCAGCAGUCUCCUUGUGGAGGGAGCGACUGGUGGGAAAGUAGCUCAGCUCAAGAUCACCCAACGUCUUCGUCUGGACCAGCCCAAGCUGGAUGAGGUGAACCGCCGCAUCAAGGUGGCGGGUCCCAAUGGCUACGCCAUCCUUUUGGCCGUGCCUGGCACAUCAGACAACCGCUCCGCAGCCGGAGCUGGCGAGGCUGCCACCACCUCCACCCAGAGGCCGCUCAGGAAUCUGGUUUCUUAUCUAAAGCAAAAGCAGGCUGCUGGGGUGAUCAGCCUCCCUGUGGGGGGCAACAAAGACAAGGAGAACAGCGGGGUCCUGCACGCCUUUCCGCCCUGCGACUUCUCCCAGCAGUUCCUGGACUCCACGGCCAAGGCGCUGGCCAAAUCAGAGGACGACUAUCUGGUCAUGAUCAUCGUCCGCGGGGCAUCCUAAGGCCCUCGUGUGCUCUGUACCCAACCCUGCCUACUCCUCCACACAGCCCCUCCAGCGUGUGCCAGGUGCUAUGGGAUACAGCCUUAGCCAGCCCUGUCAUUAUUUUAAAGUAGAUCUUUGUUUGUAGCUGACUUUCUGUGCCCGUUUUUUUUUUUCUUUUUUUUUUUUCUGUUACUGCAUUUUUCUAUAAGGUUAGAAGCCAGAAAGGUUGGUUAGCCAUUAGCGUGAGUAGGAUGUUUGAGAAUCCCUCAUCCAUGGGGAUAGCGGGGAGGCCAGGCCUGCUUUGAUUGAUGGGAAAAAAAAAGGAAAAAAAAGGAGAAAAAGAAAAAAAACAAACCACAACAAAAGACUGGGGAAGGGGUGGGGCGGGGGGGGGGAGGGAAGAACAAACUCCCAUCUUCCUCAUUUUGAUUCGCGUCCUUUUUUCAUUUCAUGUCUUUUUAAAGCAAGUUGGAUAGCUCAUCCUCUAUAGAGUUCCGAACCGAAAAGACCAGAUUUAAAGCACUCAGUAGUUUGAAUGGAAAACCACAUCCCUGCUAGAUGCAGACUGGUGUCAGCUGUUCUAUUGGGUCGUGGGAGUUCUGUGAUGGCCUCAGGCCCACGGCAUCCCUUUCCUCAGGAGCCUGAAGGGUUUCCCUUUGAGUCUCGUGGCUCGAGGUCGAUGUCCUUCAGGUGACCAGCACCUGCUCUUGGGUACACUGCAGAACAUGAGUUCCUUUGUUGGGUGUUUGAUUCAUCCGGCCCCACAGGAUGCAUGCACUGAAAGUAUGCUUUUUUUGGUUGUUUUCUUUUUUCUUUUUUUAAGAAAAACAGGUGUAUUUCUCCUAUUUCUCUCUGUUCUGUUGUAUCCCAUAUAUGCACUUUGGGUUUGUAGCAGUGACAAUGUUUGGUAAAUAGCUGAGGACUUUGUUACAAACCAUGAAUGUCUCGUGCUUACUCUGGUAUGCAAGAAACAAGGAGGUGCUUUAAGAAUAUAUUGUGGUUUUUUGUUUUUACUGCCUUUUUCAAAGAGUUGCAGGUACAGUGGGGUCUGCUUCCACAGUGCAAACUCUGAGCAAGUGUGCUUCUUUCCAGAGAUGGUUUUAAUUCUCUAAUAAUUUAAUUACCUAAAAGUUCUCAUCAUCGUAUUACCUCUUUGUUAAUAGCAAGGAACUGCUGUCUGCUAGGGACUUUUCAGGUACAGUACAGUGGGCAUUACAUGAGGUUUAUCGUUCUGUAGGCAUCUGGAGUAAAGUGUUCUCAGCACCUUGGAGAAGCACUCCGGGGCGCCGAGGAAGGAGGAAACAGUUUGCCUUGAUUUUCCAAAGAACUUUGCUCAUUUUCUCAUUCAUUUUCCCCUCGUUGGGCACUCUCCUCCAGCUGUCACACCUUGCUCAUGCAGCACUGAUGAGGGAGGAAGGCAUCCAGAUCCCCGUUGUUUUGGUUAGCAGUUGGAGGGAUGCCGUGUCUGGCUUCUAAGCUGAAGGGUGACUGACUGUAUUGAUCUACAGGCUCUAAAAUGUAACCUUGCACUUAAAACCAGAAUGUAGUCUUGCACUUAGCCACAUUUUCAGAGACAGGCAAUGCAAACACAGCACUGCUUCUCCCAGUUGUCCUCCAUUGGGUUCUGUGGGUGAGUGGUGCAGGUUGACCUCCCCAUCAACUUACACCGCACAAAGACCCGAUUCCAAGCAUGGGGCCGGGCUGCCAGUAGUACAUAUGAAGGAGGAGAUGUGUUGAAUGUAUUGUAUGGACCCAGCAGUUGUCACGUGUGUGCUCGAGAUUCACUGUCACAGAGGUGCAUUUCUGUAGGGCCUCUUUAUGGAGCAGCUUUCAGAGCGUGCUCUGAUUUCAUUGGGGUUGGAUUUCCCAUUUCUGACCUGGAGGAGCAGUGUUGUGUCCCCAGCAUUGCUGGGAGCUGAGAAUUUGAACGUGGCAGCGUACCUUGAAGGCAAACUUUGGUUUUAGAGCCAUUUUUCUUUCUAAAAGCCUCAUUUAAUGCUCUUAAGUGUUUGAGGGCGAAAUCCGGGCUUCCUGGGUUCUCGUCCUUCAAUGUGAAUGUAAUAGAUGGCAGAAACCAGCUGUUCAUCUUACUAUUAACAACGAGAACUCCUCGGAAUGACACCAGUAAUGCAGAUAACGAUGUGUUAGGAGAUGAUAUGGCAUUUGUACCACUUCCUGCACGGAAUGUCUGUUUUAAUUCUCGCGGGUGUCUGUUGCGUGUUGGUGUGGAAUCAGCACUGCUGUGCUGGUUUGCUUUCAGUGCUCCUUGCAUUUGGGGUGAGUUUUCCCAUGAAUCUGAACUGGGGGAGCAGAGGUUGAAGGGAAAGGAGCUUGAACUGCUGGGAAAAUUCCAAUCUGCCCAACACCCCACAGAAGCACUGAUGUUAUCGUGUCCAACACUGACACUUGCCGAGCACGGUGGUUGUUCAUGCCGACACCCAGCAGACACCUGUGGUUGUUUUAAAGCCUGUAAAACUUGGGGUCAACACAGCUUGUCCACGCAGCAGAGCAAACUGUGGGCGAGCAGCUGAGGCAGCGUGGGAUGCCUUUUGGGAAGAGCAUCCUGGCUGCACUUCCCUUUCUCCUCGUUGAAUAGCAGUGGUUGUACUUCUACGGGCCGAAGCUGCGCUGUGCUGGAGGGCAGCAGGGAGCAGGGCAGGCUGUGUUUGACCCCAGGUUUUCUGCUUUCUUACGGAACGGAGUACCUGCUUCUUUAAAUCUGGUUUAUUUGUGGUUGCUGCUCUGUUUUGUAAGCAAGGAUUUUAACACCCUCUGAGGGUAAUUAAUGUCAAAACCUAAUUGACUGGCAACAUUUUUUUUGCCGGCACUUAGUCGCGUGCUGCCAUCGAGUCUGGCGCAGCGUGGGCUGUGCCUUCCCUUGGGCCCCAAAGCGUGCACCAUUGGAGUAACUGUCCUCUGAAAGUCAUCCUGGCCAGGGCUGACCGCGUGUAGAAGUCCGUAUGUGAUACCACUUCUGUCUAGAGCAGAACAGAUGUAGCAGACUUCAGCUCCCUAAUCAUAUUUGGCAUUACGUUGCUCAAGCAGGAGCUCAGUGUUUCUUCUAACAUCGUGUGCAGCCAGUGUUCCUAUAUUUCAAGAGCUAGCUGUGGAAAAAGGAUGUCCUUUUCCUGGAUCGUUUUGUAUAGCCGUGCUUUAUGCUUUGGGGAAAGAACCUCAAAUGACUCAUACUUUUGUUUAAGAUUUUUAGUAGUUUUUGUUUUUUUUUUAAUUGGAAACUUUACGCAACUUCCUUGGCUGCUGGCCAGUGGCUUUGUUUGCUCCAGCCUGGUGCUCGGUCUGCUGCUGCCUGUUACCAUCAGCUCUGCGGGUGGAGGGCUCUGGGUUGCAAGUCCUGGAGGAUCCUUUUUAAGCCUUGCAGAGGGAGAAGGGAUUUACGUGCCAGGCAAAUCUGAACCUUCUCCAUUGAAGUGUACGGAUGUCGAAGGACUGGGAUGAUUUGGUGACCUCUUGCUCAGCCCCUGCGGAGGGCACGGAGGAGGGCUUGGGGUGUCUUGCAUUGUUGCAGAGCCAUCGAGCUGAUGGUAACCGAGGUGAAAGGCCUUAAGUAUUAACGUGGAGGAGGAGUGAAUGAAAAUUGUGAAGACAGGUUCAAAAACUCUGAGGACUCAGGGAAAAUGGCUUGGAAAUACUUAGUUCCGGGCUUUAUGUAAACAGUGGUGAGGGCAGUGCUCCUGUGGAGCCUCUUGCACGCCUGUUGAACAGAAACAAGAGUGGAGAAAAUUGCUGCCAUGCAUAACACAGAGUUUUUGGGGUUCUUUCCCCCUUGUCUGCCCAUUUUCUAUGGACUUCCUGCAGACUGUGCUGAAGGACAGGUAUUCCAAUGAAUUAUAGCCUGAAUGCUGGGAUGGUUUUUGUACUAUUAGGCUGAAGGCAGGGCGUAUUGUUCAGAGAAUGGUUAACCAAAUCCACACCUGCGGUUCUGGUUGUGUGCAAAUGAUGGGUGAGAAACACGACUUGAAUAGCGUCGGCUUUAAAUCCUGCUGGGUGCAUCUUUGCUUUGCCCUCUCCUUAGAGUGACACAGGAGAGCUGAGAGCAGGAGAGAGCCUUGUGAGCGCUACCUGUCACGCUUGUGUCGAUACGUUGCCUUCAGGAGAUGUUCUUUGAGGAAAGCCAACCCCAUUGGCAGCACUUGGGUUGGUUUUUCUCGCGGGUGAUCCUUCUGAUUUAUCCUGAUAGCCGUUAAUGGAUUCGGUUGGGUGACCAUUGAUACUGUAAGCCUGGUUUAACCUCGGUCCAAAACCAAACCCUGAGCUGCUCGUUGUGCAUCUAUACAUGGAAGGUGACUUCAUUCAAGGCUUCAUGCCCCUGGGUGGUGUUGGUGCUCUUUGAAGUCUGGGUAGAAUAUUCAGCAAGGCUUUGUCGUCCUGUGUGAUGUAAGGAGGGGGAAAUCUGUUGUAUGCAUUUGUAUGGGAUAACAUUUUCUUUCCUCCUGCAAGCAAAGCUGGCGGACUGCAGAGGACAACCACGUGGGAUAAUGAGCUCUAAUGGACCUUUGGGAAGAGAAGCUGUGGCUCGUGUGGAAUUUACACGGGCCUCUUGACGGAAGAAAGCUUAUCUGUUUAGUAUUUGUGCAUUUUACUAAAAAUGGCAGCUUUAAAAAAAAAAAAAAGUUGUGUAUCUGCUAUUGUGAUGCCAAUGGCCGUGUUUUAAGUGGAAAAAAAAAAAUGACCUCUUUGCUUUGUGCUGUGUACACAAGAUUGCUGGAAAAGUAAAGGAAUACCCUUUUUAUGGCUCACACAGCUUCCCGUUAGCUGUCACUCAAACAUGCGCUCACAGUUGAGCUGAUUUUGUUUCAUUCUAAAUAAAUUGUUUCUUUUGAGGAAAAAAAA